AGCGGACCCCGCCCUCCGCCUGCCUCGGUGCCUGUCAGGGGAGAGGGAGUCGGCCCGGCUUUGGCCUGGCCUAGUCCGGCCCCUUCCUCCUCCUCCUCCUCCUCCUCCGCCCGCCUUCCGCGAGCGGGACGGAAACCGGGGAGGAACCCGCCGAGGGCGCGAGGGAGAAGAAGGAGAAGAAGAAGAAGCGAGCGGGAGCGGCGUCGCCAUGGGAACCCGCGACGACGAGUACGACUAUCUAUUCAAAGUUGUGCUGAUUGGAGACUCCGGGGUGGGGAAGAGCAAUCUCCUAUCCCGCUUCACACGCAAUGAGUUCAACCUGGAGAGCAAAAGCACUAUCGGUGUGGAGUUUGCUACCAGAAGCAUCCAGGUGGAUGGCAAGACGAUAAAGGCACAGAUCUGGGACACGGCCGGCCAGGAGCGAUAUCGUGCUAUCACCUCCGCCUAUUACCGUGGUGCCGUUGGAGCACUCCUGGUUUACGACAUCGCAAAACACUUGACAUACGAGAACGUGGAGCGUUGGCUGAAGGAGCUCCGGGAUCAUGCAGAUAACAACAUCGUCAUCAUGCUGGUGGGCAACAAGAGCGAUCUGCGUCACCUGAGGGCUGUGCCUACAGACGAGGCCCGCGCUUUUGCAGAAAAAAACAACCUGUCAUUCAUUGAAACUUCAGCACUCGACUCAACAAAUGUAGAAGAAGCCUUCAAGAACAUCCUUACUGAGAUCUACCGCAUUGUGUCGCAGAAGCAGAUUGCAGACCGGUCCGCCCACGACGAGUCUCCCGGCAACAAUGUGGUGGACAUCAGUGUGCCCCCCACCACCGACGGACAGAAAUCCAACAAACUCCAGUGUUGCCAGAACCUGUGACCUCCCUGGGGCUGCCACCUGCCCCUCCCUUGGCCUGUGCUUCAGAGGGAAAACUCCUGUGCACCUUCUCCUCACAGCAGCUCCAUUCAGUGACUCUCUCUCUCUCUCUCUCUCUCUCUCUCUCUCUCUCUCUCUCUCUCUCUCUCUCUCUCACUCUCUCACUCUCUCACUCUCUCACUCUCUCACUCUCUCACUCUCACUCUCACACUCUCACUGCCCUGCCCCUUCCACCUUAGAGGAUUCCUCUUAGGGCUUACAUUCCCCUUCCUCCAAAUCCUUUCGAAUGUGAUUUAUUUUGGGGGUUUUAAAUAAGAAGCAUAUAGCAGACAGGUGGGUUUGUGUGUGGGAAAGAGAGACAGAACAUCUACCGGUGGUCAGUUGCCCCGGGACACUUGUUAAACUUCUUUUUGUUUGGUUUUUGUGUGCAUGUGUGAGAGCGGGAAGGAUGCAGAGGUUGUUGUUGUUCUAAUAGAAGAAAUAGCUGCACUUGGGGAGCACAGGAGGAGUGUUGCUCUUUGUUUCCUCUCAGGCCAUUCUCCAGGCACAAGAGAAAUUCUAAACUAAGAAAACACACACUUUGGGCUUGUCGGAAAUGGUGGCAGUGGUCUUAUCCUUUUUGCGUGAACACGCUGUAAGUCCGUUGAAGAUAACCUUUCCCCCGUUGCUUGUUCUUUGUCCUUUCCCUUACUGUUUUAAUGCUGAGUUGGCCUGGCUGUAGUUUUCACUGCUUUCUACCCUGGGAAGUCUCUUCUUCUCAAUACCUAUAUAUAUAUAAUUUCCAAUUCGGUUUGGGAACAAUGAAGUAUGUCUGUGCGCUGCAUUUCCCCCCCCCCCCCAAAAAAAGCUGCAGGCUAUAUGAAGUGGCUUCUAAUAGUGAUUUAUUUCUGGCUUUAUGUUAAUCAGUCUAAUGUACAACGAAGUGCCAGCCUAAUGGCUUUAUUAGAGCCUUUUUUUGUGAUCUGUAGAAAUCACACAUCUUCACUUGUACCUGGAAUCCUUCUUUCUCAACUGUAUCUGAGAUUCUAUCUCUGCAUGCUUUGUGCUCUCUCUCUUUCUCUUUCUCUUCCUCUCUCUCCCAAUCCCCACCCGAGCUUUCUCUUCUCCUGAUUCCCUGCUCCUUCCGCUCCAUGCACAAAAAAAACACACCCUGGUGUGAGUGUGAAGCAAUAUUUUUCAUGCUAUGUACAUAACUCGCACUGUUAAGGUUAUUUGAAUGGUUAGUUGUAGACAACCAGAUACUUGAUAACGCCUCCUUUUUGUAAUACUUGAGCAUAACCAUAGCAUCUUGGGGUUUUUUUUUUUUUUUUGGUUAUCUCCCGGUGGUUCACUUGCUUUCAGUUCUGACCUCCUUGCACUGCAGACCCCCACCCCCACCCCGCCCCAAAUGCUUCUGCCACCUCCCUUCUCUCGUCCUGCUCCCUUGAGGUUUGAAGGUUUCUGUUUUUCUAAACGAUUACACUCCACUGGCAGGGCUAAACACCAGCCAAACUUUAAAAAGUUAGCUGGAAAAGCAUUUCUCUCCCUGAAACCAUCCUGUGCUAGCUUGAGAGGGCUUCAUUGGCUGUUGCUUUCCUCACCUUUCGACUGUUCUUGUGCUGUUGGGGUUUUGGGGGUUUCUGAAGCAAGGGCAAAUGUUGCAUUGAAGGGUGGGGCCCACCAGAUAGCUUUGGCAGGCGGAAGAGAGAUUAUGCUUAUUGGCCGUCUUUCAGCAACCAUGCAGUGAUUGUGAAAUAUCCUGGAUCCUGCCCGGUCCAAUAGGUGGAGAUGGGUGUUGCCUGCCAUUGCUACGGCUUUCCCAAUCGGGUUAAAAGCGUUUUAGCACCCAAUCUUUAACCCCUUGCAUAGAUUAUCACAUGGAACAAGGGUUUUCAGUUGGUUGACCAAGUUAAAGACAACAGCUCUGUCUAGUGGGGAGCUUUUAAACCUUUCAUCCACUCGAGAGCACCCCUUCGUGCCCGUGUGAGGGGGAACAAAACUGCUGGCUUGCUGCUGGCUGAGCUCAGACAAAGAGGCGGUCUCUCCCUGGGAUUUGUGACCAGUCUUGAGAAUGUAACUGCUGAGUCGCAAUGUAUGAGAGAAACGAAGAGGGCAUUCUUGGAAGAGCCCUUAUUGCUUCUUUUCGUUUUCUGUGGGUGCAGAAUCUUAAAACGAUCAAGAGUAGAUUCUGGAAGGUGGUUCACUGCUGGAUCCAGCCUGUUGGCUAUAUAGUUUUCCAUCCCAGGUGUCAAUAAUGCUGAUCAUGGACUGGGGAUUGUGUGGCCCGUUGCUUUUGAUAAAACUAGUGUGGAUCUGAGUUGCUCUGGCCUUCGAGGUCAUUUCUAUGGAGAUGUCUCCUGGGGCAGGCUUCCCCUGCUGCAUGAGAUGCGUCCAGCUUGCAAAAAAAAGGGGGGGGAGGCUAAGGGCCCUUGCUAUUGUCUCAGCACUUCCUCCCUAUGUUUCCAUCAUGAGGUGAGGGAUUUGCCCUCGGUGCAAACACAGACGAUAUUGUGCAGCUUCGGAAGCUACACUGUCACAGAUGAGGGAAAUUGGCGUUUCUGGUUAAAUGUACAAUAACCUCACGCCCACCCACGCCUUAAGAGAACAGGCAUCCGCAGUGGCUUUUGAUAGGACUUCCCAGGUUAAAAAUCAAGAGUUACAGUUUAGCCUCUCCCAAAACAUGGGUGAGGUGGCCCCCUGAUUUCUUGAGAGUUCCUCAAGAAUGAAGAGAGAGUUAUUCUGUGUGGGAUUAAAGUGUUCACAUUUAUUAGGCACUGAGCUCCAGUUCAAACUGAACUUUGAGCCAGCUUUGGGUUUUGCCUGGAGGGCUUCUUUCCACGUUGGGGAAAAG